GCUCAGUUUGUAUUAGAACUUGACGGGCUGCGUACGUUGCUAGAUUCCUAUAACAAAAACGAUAAUAAACUUGAAAAUAAACUUUUUAAGUUAAAGUGAAAUUGUGCAUAUUAUGAAAUAACAGUAAUUAAACAUCUAUUAAAACCAACUGUGAUAAACGACAAGAUGAACAGGAAACUUCAGAGCUUCUCCAAAUAUAUGCUCAGGCAGAGAUGCGUCUUCAACUCAAUGCGAAGCAUCUCCUCCUCGAUCCCCACGCUGAUCAGUCAUAAACACCAUGUGGGCAAGGAUCAUUUGGUAUAUCGUACGAUUGGCCAGCAGUUGGAGCUAGCCACGCAGGAUUAUGGCGAUGUGGAAGCUAUUGUAUCCUAUCACGAGGGCAAGAGAUAUACCUUCAAGAGUUUGCUCAAGGAAGCGGAUGCUUUGGCUGCAGGAUUCCGAAAACUGGGACUCCAGCCUGGCGAUGCCAUUGGUCUGUGGGCUCCCAACUAUUUGCACUGGUAUUUGGGCAUGAUGGGAGCAGCUCGUGCUGGUCUCACAUCUGUGGGUCUUAAUCCUGCCUACCAAGGACCCGAGAUGGCCUAUUGCCUAAAUAAAGUUGAUGUCAAGGCCAUCAUUGCGCCAGAGACAUACAGGUCGCAAAACUACUAUGAGAUUUUAAAGAAUAUCUGUCCCGAAAUUUCGGAUGCAGAGCCUGGUAAGAUCCGGAGUGAAAAGUUCCCGCACUUAAAGUCCGUGAUAAUCGACAGCAGCAAUGGCCUAAAGGGAACUCUUCGCUUUGAUGAUUUCUUGGAUCUGGCUAACCAAUCGGAACGCGAGGAGGUGGCCAAGAUCCAGAAGAAAAUCAACCCGGAAUCCGCUUGUAAUAUUCAAUUUACCUCCGGAACUACCGGAAAUCCCAAGGCGGCUGUCCUUUCACAUUUCAACUUUGUGAACAAUGGCAUCCAUGUUGGAAAUCGCAAUCAACUCGAGGGCGAAAGGAUCUGUGUGCAGGUGCCUCUUUUCCAUGCCUUUGGAGUAAUCAUCACCAUAAUGGCUGCUCUCACUAAAGGAGCUACCCUGGUCCUGCCAGCCGCCGGUUUUAGUCCCAAGGACUCCCUGAAUGCCAUCGUCGACGAGAAGUGCUCGGUGAUCCAUGGCACACCCACAAUGUAUGUGGAUUUGGUAGAUACUCAAAAGAAACUGCAAGUGCCGCUGGGCAGGAUCAAGAAGGCCGUAACCGGAGGAGCCAUUGUUUCGCCACAGCUAAUCAAGGAUAUCAGACAGAUCCUAAACGUAGAAGCCGUUCAUAGUGUCUAUGGCCUUACCGAAACCACAGCCGUGAUCUUCCAAUCCUUACCCGGCGAAAAUGGCGAUACGGUCCUAAAUUCAGUGGGUCACCUGACGGAUCACAUCGAAGCCAAAGUGGUGGAUGAGCAGGGCAGAUGUGUACCAUUCGGACAACCCGGAGAGUUGUGUGUCCGUGGUUAUACGUCUAUGUUGGGCUAUCACGGUGAUGAGGAGAAAACAAAAGAAACCAUUGGCGCAGAUAGGUGGCUACGCACUGGUGAUCAAUUUAUCCUAGAGUCGAAUGGCUAUGGCAGGAUCGUGGGUCGUCUCAAGGAGAUGCUUAUUCGUGGCGGUGAAAAUAUAUUCCCAAAAGAGAUUGAAGACUUUUUAAAUGCCCAUCCACAGGUUAUUGAAGCUCAAGUUAUUGGUGUGCCCGAUGAGCGUCUGGGCGAAGAGGUCUGCGCCUUUGUUCGCCUUGAGGAUGGCGUUGAUCCCGCCUCCUUCACUGCCGCGUCUUUGAAGGCCUAUAGCAAGGGCAAACUGGCACACUUUAAGGUUCCUAAAUAUGUCUUAGUAGUGGAUUCAUUCCCAAAAACUACCUCAGGCAAGAUUCAAAAAUUCAAACUGGCCGAGAUUUUCAAGGAGAAACAGCAACGUCUUGAAGCCACUGCAGCUUAGUCGUAAAAUAUUUGUAAUUUGUUCAAUAGAACAAUAAAUGUAGCUUUUAUAUUUUAUAUAAACUCAAAAUCUGUCGUAAAAA